GGACGAGCAUCUGUGCCUUUAAAGGCUUGUCAAGUGCGCCGCUAUCAGAGCGCGCAGCAGUCAACUUCCCACAAGUUGGAUCGGCGAGUGCAGCCGCGCCACCUUAAUCAUAACGGCACGGUCUCACCUUCUCAGCAAGACCCAUGGAAUAAACACAAUGGAUUACCACUGGAUACUGCUAUCUGCGUUACUGCAGCUCGCAUUCCAUCCAGGCAACUCCAAGCCCACCAUCAUCCCCGCUGAGCCCUACCUUGUUGUCCCCAUCAACAAACCCUUCAGCCUGGGGUGCCAGAGUGAGAACAGGACAGAGUGGAGGAGGCAGGACCACCCGAGGACACUAAAAGCAAAAGCAAUCAAUGGAAUUUGGUCAUUGGAAUUCUCCAGGGCUCAGCCUCUUCACAUGGGCCGCUACAUCUGCCAGGAGGAGGGCUCUAACGAACAAGCUUCCAUCUACAUCUACGUGAAAGAUCCUGCAAAACCCUUCAGAAAAUCGUUGGUGUUCAACAUUCUCGCUCGAGAGGGAUUCACAGCUUGCAUCACCUGUUUGGCAACAGAUCCAAGUCUGGAGAAUUUGCGCCUGGAAACAUGCUCCGGUAGAGCUCUGCCCUCUGGCCUCAAGUUUACCCCAGAAUUGGAGCAAGGAAUCAUCAUCCACAAUACGCAGAGAGAAUAUGAAGGGUGCUACGUAUGCACAGGAAUGCUCAUGAAGCAGCGUGUCCGAUCACAGGACUAUUACCUGACAGUUAAACCAGUUGCCGUUGCUCCUCCAGUAAUCCAAAUGCAGCAAUCAGGAAGAAUAAUUCUUGUACGAGAUGAAAGUCUCAUCCUCACCUGUAAUACUUCCAAUGUAAAUGGAAACAUCACAUUGGACUGGAUCACUCCACCAGGCUCGGGUGCUGUCUGGUAUCCACAGCAAUCAGCAACGGUUGAUGGCUCUUCACGAAUCCUACUGGAGCCUGUCACUCACAUCCGCGGCGCCACAUUGAAAAUAGCCGCUGUGAAACCACAAGACACUGGAAGUUACAAAUGUGAAGCCACAAAUGAGAAAGGCACCACCACCAAGUCAGUGUGGCUCGAUAUUUAUGAAAGAGGAUUCAUUAGCUUGAAUCCCAUAAACAACAGAACCUUCCACAUUCGGUCAGGUGAGACUGUUCCACUGAAGGUUACCUUGGAGGCAUAUCCAAAGCUGCAAACCUUUUCCUGGAGUUUCAUGGGACAUGAGCUCAGGAACACAACUGACCACGUCAUCAUCACACAAAGAAAAGAAUACAGUUACAUCAGUGAGCUGACGCUGGUGCGGAUGCAAGUGUCCGAGAGUGGCGUUUACACCUUUCAAGCCUCCAACGGAGACACAUCAGUCAACCAGACAUUCACAAUCUUUGUGAUCAGUAAACCGGAGAUUGUGUCUCAUGAAGGCCCAGUGGAUGGACAAGUACGCUGUGUGGCAAAGGGGUUUCCUGCUCCCCAGUUCACCUGGUACUACUGCGAGCAGCCGUAUGUCCGGUGCUCCCAGCAGGUGAAUACCUCUCAGGAAGCGCAGAAUGUCAUCACCAUCACUCUGUUCAGCCCCACAUUUGGGAGGACGGAGGUGGAGAGUCGGGUGAACGUCAGCAAGGGACGGUUCAAUACUCUGGAGUGUGUGGCUACAGUGGAGGGAGAACAAGCCUACACACUUUUCUCAAUUAGUGAGAAGAGAGUUCCACAUGAUCUGUUCACCCCUCUGCUAAUUGGCUCUGUCUCAGCAGCGUGCAUCCUCUGCCUUGUCCUUAUCAUGCUGUUCUACAAGUACAUGCAGAAACCAAAAUACCAGAUUCAGUGGAAAGUUAUUGAAGGGAUCAACGGAAACAGCUAUGUGUACAUUGAUCCCACCCAGCUACCCUACGAUCAGCAGUGGGAGUUCCCACGAAACAACUUGCGUUUCGGGAAGACAUUAGGAUCUGGUGCGUUUGGAAAAGUAGUGGAGGCCACUGCAUAUGGACUCUCCAAAGCAGAUUCGGUCAUGACGGUGGCUGUGAAAAUGCUCAAAUCAAGUGCUCAUGCCACGGAGAAAGAGGCACUGAUGUCAGAACUGAAAGUCCUCAGUUACUUGGGAAACCACAUGAAUAUUGUCAACCUGCUGGGAGCCUGCACUGUUGGAGGCCCUACACUGGUGAUCACAGAGUACUGCUGCUUUGGAGACCUUCUCAACUUUCUGCGCAGAAAGCGAGAAUCCUUCAUCUGCGUCCAGCUUGAGAAGGACUACUACUACCGCAACGUCAUGCAACACAGAGUCGCAGAUGGUGACAGCUUGAACGGCUACAUGACCAUGAGGCCUUCUGUUGCUGGCAAACUGCUCUUCAGCUCAGCCUCGGAGAAGAGAUGCUCUGUAGGAAAAGGUGACUCCUACCUUGAAGCAGAUGUGGAUAGCGAGAUGUUUGAGGAUGGCCUGUCCCUUGACAUCGAAGACCUGCUCAGCUUCUCGUACCAAGUUGCCAAAGGCAUGGAGUUCUUAGCCUCCAAGAAUUGUAUUCACAGAGACUUGGCUGCCAGAAACAUCCUCCUGACUCAAGGAAGAGUGGCAAAAAUCUGUGAUUUUGGUCUGGCCCGGGACAUCACCACCGAUUCCAACUAUGUAGUCAAAGGCAACGCUCGUCUGCCAGUGAAGUGGAUGUCACCAGAAAGUAUUUUUGAGUGCGUGUACACAUUUGAGAGUGAUGUGUGGUCUUAUGGCAUCUUGCUCUGGGAAAUAUUUUCACUGGGAAAUAGUCCGUAUCCUGGCAUGCCUGUCGACUCCAAGUUCUACAAACUAAUAAAGGAAGGAUACCGAAUGGAUGCUCCAGAGUUUGCACCUAGUAAAAUGUAUCACAUUAUGAGGUCCUGCUGGAAUGCAGACCCCUUCACAAGGCCCCCCUUCAGCAAGGUUGUGGAAAGGAUUGAACAACAGCUCUCAGAUGCCACCAAGCAUGUUUAUCUGAACUUCAGCUCCAGGCCUCCUCUGACACCCAGAGCAAGGGACGAGCCUGGCUCUCAAAAUGGGGCGUUUUAUCAUCUGAACUCAGCCGGCAACAAUAGCCCUCAGACCCAGCCCUUACUGGUCCAGCAUGAGGUCUUCCUUGAGGGGUCGACCCUCAGGGCCCAACGGGUGUAAGGAACCACCCGACCUGUCUGGCUGCCUCAUAAAGUGCCUG